CAAUUGCCGGCAGCAAGUCGCUUGCUGGCCGCGAAACAGCCAACAUAUCACAAUACCGCCUACCGACCGCACCCCCCAAGCGACCAAGCGCCCAAGCGCCCCACCGCCACCACCACCCAACACCACCCACCACCAGCCAACCAAGCCGGGCCAUUAUCCGUCCCGUAACAUAACAGUUUGUAUUGGAAUUUGCUCUGUCAUAAGCAGUGCUUGGGCACCCCUGUUCUAGAUACUAUCUCAAUCUCUGAGUGUGCAACAAGCUCCCUAGCUCCCUAGCUCCCCUGUUGUUGUUGUUGUUUUUUUUUUCUGUGCCAUCUCAAGCAACCAAAAAAGUGUCAAAAUUAGCAGGCCAUUCUUCGGCAUUAUUGGCUCGGAAGUGAUAACAAACAGUUCCAACUCCAAACAUCAAACACAAACAGUAUUAUCCCAUCCCAUUGACAAGAUGGAAAAGUCGAAUCUUACCGAGAAGAACCACAGCGGCGUCUACAAGCAGACCACCAGGCCGAAGAAGCCCAAGAGGCGCGACAAGAGCGACCUGGGCCCGGACUUUGUGGCUCCGGACGGAGGAUGGGGCUGGGUGGUGUGCCUGGCAGCUGGCUUCAAUAACUUCUUCCUGUUUCCGGCCCUGCAGCAGUAUGGCCUCAUCUACAGGACCCGCAUGGACAUCCUGCACUUCGACGCCGAGCAGACCACCACCAUCGUGAACGUGGUGAUGGCCGUCUCCUCGCUAGUGGGCAUCGUCAAUGGGGCCAUGUUCCGGCGCUUCACCUUCCGCCAGGUGGCCCUGACCGGCACCAGCCUGGCCUUCCUCGGCAUCUUCAUGUCCGCCUUCUGCACCACCUUCUGGGAGUACAUCAUCUGCCUGUCCACCGUCUACGGCAUCGGCCUGGGCCUGGCCAUGGCGGCCACCUCCCUCGCGGUGAACACCUACUUCAAGCAGAAGCGCCGCCGGGCCACCGGAUUCUCGUGGACGAUCACCGGCCUGGGACCGAUCAUCUUCCCGCACGUGUCCACCUUCCUGCUGGGCUACUACGGCGCCCAGGGCAGCAUCCUGAUCUACGCCGGCAUCGCCAUGAACGCCAUCCUGUGCGCCCUCACCCUGCAGCCGGUCCUGCGGCACGUCAAGAAGCCGCCGAAGGUCAAGGUGGCGGCCAUCGAGGGCGCCACGGAGGGCCAGGAGAAGGGGGAGCCGGGCGAGCUGAUGGAGGCCAACGGCAACCUGCUGACCCCCGCUGGCCAGGACCCGUGGAGCGACUACGAGUGCAAGUACUGCCAGUACCAGAAGCGAGGCAAGCGGGGCAUCUUCUCCUCCCAGUACCUCUUCAACGCCGACGACCCGGAGCGACCCGGCUACGAGAUCACCGAGCCGGGCACCCCCAUGCUCGCCCGGGCCAACGACGGCUGGUUCGGAUCGAAGAUCUCCCUGACCUCCGAGCAUGCGACCGGCGCCCGCUACCGCUCCCGCCAGGCCCUGAUGCGCCAGGUGUCCGGCCGGAGCCGGGACAACCUGGACCGGCUGGAGCACAGCCGGGAGGAGCAGGAGGGAGGAGGGGCGGCGCCGCUGUACAAGCCCAACUACUUCAACCGGGAGCGCGAGGACAUGGAGCGGUAUGCCAGCAAGACGAGCGUCUACUCCCGGCCGGGGCAGGAGGAGCUGAUGCGAUGCACUUGCUCCGAGGACAAGGCCCUGCUGCAGAAGACCGCCGAGGCGCUGAGGAUCGAGGAGCUGGACAGGCAGGAGGCCGAGCUGGAGGAGGAGGAGCUGAAGAGCCGGAUGACCUUCUGCCAGAAGGUGAGCAAGUUCUUCGACCUCGAUCUCCUCAAGGACUUCACCUUCGUGAACCUGGCCGUCGGCAUGAGCAUCAUGAUGUUCGGCGAGAUGAACUUCUCGGUGCUGACCCCCUUCAUCCUGCACGACUUCGGCUACGCGGACAGCCAGAUCUCGCUGGCCAUGUCCCUGCUGGCCUGCAUGGACAGCUGCAUCCGCUUCCUGGCCCCCCUCGCCCUCGAGAAGGUCAAGCUCGAUAACCGGGUCCUGUUCGCCUUCGGCAUCAUCUGCAUCGCCAUGGGCCGUGUGGUGGUGUCCUUCGUCCGGUCCCUGGAGGGCCUCAUCGCCGUCUUCCUCCUGAUCGGCUUCGGCAAGGGCUUCCGCACCAUCUUCUCGCCCCUCAUCAUCCCCAGCUACGUGCCGCUGAACCGCCUGCCCGCCGCCUCCGGCCUCCAGCUCAUCUUCAACACCAUGUUCUCCUUCGCCAUGGGUCCCCUCCUGGGAAUGAUCACCAAGGCCUUUGGAUAUGGCGCCACCAUCCACACCAUCAACGCCCUCACCGCACUGGCCCUGCUCCUCUGGCUGACCGAGUCCCUGGUGCGCUACCUCCUGGGACGGCCCGCCAAGGGACAGGGCCAGUGAUGUUGGUGGAUCGAUGUCCUGCGCCUCCACUUCGAUUGAGCGUCGGGACAUUGUGGAAUUACUUAACUUGGAACUCGUCCCUCCACUCCUCAGACCCUCCACCUGACCUGACCUCUGACCUGACCUCUGACCUGACCGGCACCUGUCGGAACUGAACUGCUUGCGUUGUGUGUGAGAAAGUGAGAGAGAGAGAGAUAUGAGUGUAAUUGUUGGAUCCCAAGGAUAUAUAUAUUAUACCGAUUAUAUAGAUGUAUCCCUAGACUAGUCCACAGUCCCAGCUAUAAGUGUGUGCAUAGUAUUACUCUGGUACGGCACACCGUACUUAAAGAUACCUAAGAUAAAAGAUACAACCGAUAUCCGUUAGAUAUAUCUGACAUAUAUAUGUACGUUAAUGCCUAACUUCAAAUAUUACAAAUAGGUUUUUUUUGCGAUUGAUACUCCGAGCUCUACAUGUAUGUUUAAAUAUUAAAGUAAAUAUAUUCGUGUGUUAAUUAAAUAUUAUUAUUAAUAUAAUAUAUACACUUUUUUUUUGUUAGUUAGUAGAUCUGUUUAGAGUUACACCCUAGACUAAGUGCAUAAAUGUCAUUCUGUAUGUAUGUUCUGCAGUUGCAAGUUGAAAAAUGUAUUUUUUUAGUUUGAAAAAAUA